GGCUGGGCAGCGGACGGAGGCACAUCAGGCUGGGCAGCGGACGGAGGCACAUCAGGCUGGGCAGCGGACAGAGGCACAUCAGAACAGCGGGCACUGAGUCACCAGGCACAACAGCGGGCACCGAGUCACCAGGCACAACAGCGGGCACCGAGUCAUCUGGCACGACAGCGGGCACCGAGUCAUCUGGCACGACAGCGGGCACCGAGUCAUCUGGCACGACAGCGGCCACCGAGUCAUCUGGCACGACAGCGGCCACCGAGGCACCUGGCCAGACCACGGGCACCGAGGCACCAGGCCGGGCGGGGUCAUCAGGCUGGAUCACGAAUACCGGGUCAUCAGGCUGGAUCGGAUCAUCAGGCUCGAUCGGGUCAUCAGGCUGGAUCACGAACACCGGUCAUCAGGCUGGAUCACGAACACCGGGUCAUCAGGCUGGAUCGGGCCAUCAGGCUGGAUCACGAACACCGGGUCAUCAGGCUGGAUCGGGUCAUCAGUCUGGAUCGG